AUGGGGUUAAAAUUACUAACUUCCACACCCUAUUACACUCAGGCUAAUGGUCAGGUCGAAGUAGGAAAUAAGGUGGUAAUUGGGAUAAUUAAAAACCAUGUGGGGAAAAAACCAAGAAAUUGGCAUAAGAAACUAGACCAAAUUUUAUGGGCAUGUCGAACCUCCCCUAAAGAGGCUAUAAAUACUACGCCUUUCCGGUUAACAUAUGGUCAUGACACUGUUUUGCCAAUCGAAAUCUACUUGCAAUCAACAAGAAUUCAGAGGCACCAUGAAAUUCCAUCUGAGUCUUAUUGGAACAUGAUGUUGGAUGAAUUAGUCUAUUUAGAUGAAGAAAGAUUAAGUGCCUUAGAAUUAUUAAAAAGGCAUAAAAAGAGAGUAGAAAAGUCUUAUAACAAAAGGGUCAAAGUUAAAUUAUUUUUGACUGGAUAUUUAGUGUGGAAAGUGAUUUUACCCAUGGAUCGGAAAGAUAGAGCAUUUGGAAAAUGGUCCCCUAAAUGGGAAGGCCCUUUUCCAGUCACUCAAGUUUUUUCAAACGACACAUAUGAAAUUGAAGAGUUAGUUGAAGAUCAAAGAUUCUUGGAAAUAAAUGGGAAGUAUUUGAAGAAAUAUAAGCCUGCACUUUAA